AUGGAAGCAAAGCAAGCUGAAGCACCACCAGAACUUCUUAAUGUAGUUAAAUAUUUGAGAUCUACAUCACACCUAAAAAUCCGGCAAGGUAUUUUAAAUGGAAAGAGAGUGGACUAUUUCAAAGGGAAAUCUGCUAUAAAGGCUCUUCAAAAAGAAUCUUAUGGAAAAUUAAAGAACGUUCCAAAAAUUACUAAUGAAGCUGAGGCGUCUCGUGUUCUUAGUGAUGUGAUGACUCAUGCUUUUUACUUACGCGUUGAGCGUUCCGGAAGUGAAAAUGAUGAGGAAAUAGAUGACGACGGAAAGAAAAACAAUUAG